AUGGAUCAGAAUCUUGGAAAUUCCGAGGCUGUUCACUUAGCACAGGCAUCGGACUGGAAGGGAUUACAACGGCUAUUAGAACGAGAUCCAUCGAUGGCUAAGCAACGUGGUGAUCACGGUAUGCUUCCUAUCCAUUGGGCUUGUACUGUACGUCGUGUACCAUUGUCCCUUCUUGCAAAACUACUUCAAGCAUAUCCGGAAGGAGUUCAAGCUAAAAAUGAAGGGGCAUUACUGCCACUUCAUAUUGCUAUUCGAGCACGUGUACCAGCUUCAUGUCUUCGAAAACUUGUACGUGCUUAUCCGGAAGCUGUGAGUGAACGGACACCGGAUGGUGUCUCGGCUCUGAAAAUGGCACAAGACAUUGGACUGGAUGUAGAUAGUUUAAAGGUGCUUUAUCGAGCGCACGAACGGACGAGUCUUAUUCAGCAACAUAUUAGUGGAGAUAGCAGCUCAUAUGAUCGACGGAAUGUGGAAUUUGAUUCGAAACGAGGGAUGAGUGAACAGGAAAAAGGUGAAGCUUCUUGGAUCAAAAGACCGGAAGAUGAAGACAAUGAGUGGACUGAUACUAUUGUACCGGAGCCUUUCGUGGGAAAUACUGACUUUGGCGGGUUUCUUUAUGUCGGUGAUGAUGGGGAGCUAGACGGGGUUGAAAAGUCAGCUUUGGAGCCAGAAGAUAGCAUCAGUAUGAUGAGUGAACAGUCACUGCUGAGCGACAUUGACGGACUUGACACGCCACAUGACCAUCUUGUGUCGCCAUUUUCGACUAGCAUUGGCAGCCAAGAUGACGUCAGAACUCCAAGCUCUGGGUUGUCAUUUAGCACUGCCCGACUUCACUCCGGCAGUCGUCGCGGAUUACUUGAGGAUCGGAGCCACCAGAAAUUUCAAUUGAAGCAGAAACGUAUGCAAGACACAGCAUCGUUGCUUGCCCAGCUACAAAAAAAUGGUGUCGUCUCGGAGUGUGAGCUGCGAACGAUGAUGUCAGCGAUGAGUGCCGAUGCUGCUGUGGGAAGAAACGAAGAAGACGCACCGAGCCGGAUCCACAGUCGUCACCUGUCGCUACCCCUCAUGCCUAGCUACGAAAACUUCCAACAGAAUUUAAGCUUCCAAUUCUACAAUGAGGCGAAUGACGAGGCUGAAUACGGCGGUAAUGACAGCAUUGAAGGAGGUGCGACAGGUGCUCAAGUCGGUCCAAAAGACCGGCUUUUUCAUUCAGCACGAGGACUCUCUCGGCGAUCAGCUACACGUAGCGGGUCACAAAGAGGCUCGCCGCCAUUGUUCCGAAGGCCACAUCGUCGGGCGUCACACGGAUCAAAUGACCGAGACCAUUUUGACCUUGCACCUGAGUGGAAGCAUGACGGCGAAUGCUCGAUCUGCCGUGCCAGUUUCGGCAUGUUCAAGCACCGCCACCACUGUCGCAAUUGCGGCAAAUCUAUCUGCAGCCAGCACAGUGCGGACAAAAAAAUCUCGAUCGAAGAUAAGGGGUUUACUACCCCGCAACGUGUGUGUGUCACGUGCUACGCCAUGAUCACACAUAGUCGAUCGCUAAAGCAUGACCUUGAGCUUGAAGACAAUGGCCGUGACAGUUCAUUGCUCAACCCCGUUGCCUUUCAGCAGCACUGUGCGUUCACUUCAGGAGCUGGUGCUAGUGAUCGUUAUGGUGCUGAUGAUGCCUCUUUUCCAUCUUUGACUGCCCCGUUGCCCAAUCGAAACAUUGCUCUUGGAGGUUCGCGAAGCUUCACCAUCAGCGAUCGGAGUCUUAGUGCAUCGCCUACAUUUGGACGUAACGGAAAGUCUCGAAAUCCAGGUGUCCUAGCUGCAAGUGAAUCAACUGGAGGAGCUGGGGAUCGCAGUACCACAAAUUAUACGUCAAGACUGAGCGGGGCACCGUCCUCAGCUGUGCACGAGCUGCGUAGUUUACUGGCUUCACAGCAAAAGCAGAUUGAGCAGCUUGCUCAAAGCAACAUGCAGAUGCAACAGCAGCUUCUCGAGCAAGAAGAGUUAAAAGCUGAGACGAUGCUGCUUAUUACUCAACUGAUGACACGCGUUUCAGUGCUAGAACUGCAACAAGAUCGAAGUUUCCGAGACAACAAACGCCAAAGUGUUGGAACUGGAGACAGCGAGGAUGAGGACGAGGAGUUUCCUCAAGAUGACAUCAGCCCGUGUAAGCGGUAG